AUGAAGUAUUUCCGGGACACCAUCAUCACCACAAUAAUCAUCGCCCUCAUAUCCACACUCAUCAAAUACACCAACCUCAUAAAAAUCUCCAAACCAACACCACAAACGCAACCGUUCUAUACACCACCUUCUACACACCUCCUCACAACAGAAAUGUCCGUCCCCCGCGCCAUCCGCAAGGCCUUCCUUGCCGUGGAACAAUCCGAAGGCGCAGGCGCCCGCGUCCGCAGAUCCAUCGGAACACCCCAGCUGCGCAACUUCUCCCCCUUCCUCAUGCUGGACCAUUUCUCCGUAUCUCCCGGCGCAGGAUUCCCAGACCACCCGCACAGGGGCCAGGAAACGAUCACAUACCUGCUCGAGGGGGCCACCGACCAUGAGGACUUUGCGGGCAACAAGGGCACAUUGUACCCCGGUGAUCUGCAGUUCAUGACGGCGGGGCGAGGAAUCGUACACGCAGAGAUGCCGCGCAAGACGGAGGACGGGAAGCCAAAUGUCGGGCUGCAAUUAUGGGUCGAUCUUCCCGAGAAGCUCAAGUCUUGCGAGCCGCGGUAUCGGGACCUCCGCGCCAACGAGAUUCCAACUGUGGAUGUGGAUGACGGCAAGGCGACGAUAAAGGUUAUUUCCGGCCAAAGUCAUGGCAUCGAUUCGGUCAAGGAUCUGGCUUACACGCCCGUAUGGAUCUUGGACGUGAUUCUUCGUCCAGGAGCCAAGGUCACGCAGCCGUUGCCCAAGGGCUGGAACGCAUUCUCGUAUGUCCUCGAGGGAAGUGCUUGGUACGGUAAAGGUGACGACCGCACAAAAAUUGAACAGUUCCACAAUGUUGUAUUUGAGCAAGACGGCGAUGUGGUUCACGUCGAGACUGAUGCUGAUGCGACAAAGGAUACCCGGCUUGUCAUUAUUGCUGGUACCCCUCUUGACCAACAAGUCGUACAAUAUGGCCCAUUUGUCCUCAAUUCAAAAGAGGGCGUAUACCAGGCACUGUACGACUACCAGACCUUUUCCAAUGGCUUUGAAAGAGCAAAGGAUUGGAAAAGCGAGAUUGGAAAGCCCAUGAUGGGUUGA